UCUCUGUAUGGCAGUCCAUAUAAUUUUAUCGUAAGAAGAGAAGAUAACUCUAAUUUUCUCGCACGCUGAAUUGGAAUUAGGCAAUCGCCGCAAUGUCUUCUCCAACCGUUAACAAGAUACCAACGCUUGUUCCAUCCUUAGAUGAGGUUGUAUCAGUUUUGGAUGAUGGGUUGAAGAAAAACUUUUCUAAUGCCUCAGUUUCUGUUGUGGAUUGUCCCGAUUUAACACAGAAACCAUUCAUGUUGGCAUCACCAGGGUUAUGUGGUAAUGCUCGCCUGGCAGAUGUGGGUGGUCCGGGGUUUUUACUCCCUCUACCUCAGAAAGACAAGAAGUUUAGAUAUAGUCAGAUAGCGGAGUCCGUGGAACUGCCGGGGGCCUUUAUGAUUGGGGCUGGUGCUGGACCCUGCCACAUUGUGGGGGUCAACAGUGAGUUGAUCAAGAAUGUCAAAAUGGAUGGUGCAGGAGGAGUUACCAAAAUUAAUUCACAUAUUGCAAAAGUCAACCCACAGGAUGGAGGAUGUAUUCUGGAAACCAUUGACAAACCUGAGUUCUCUUUGAUGGGAAAUUUUCUGUGUUCAGACGGACAACCAGGAAAAGUUUUGGAGGUGAAGGCCAGUUGCCGGAUUGGUGAGGAGAAUUUGAUGUCGUGCCUCAGGAAGGCCUUACAGGCGCGGUAUGGAGAGAAGCCAGUGGCACUGGGAGGCGUGUUUCUGGUGGAGAAAGGGAAGGCCAACCUACACAUCAUGCCAGAAUUUUCUGACACAGCCUUGGAUUCUCAGGAGAAGGUCAACAACUGGCUCAAGUUCUACGAGAUGGACGCGGUUCUGGUCUGUUUGGGGGAGCUGGUAUCACAUGACCCGGGCUAUGACCUGAGGGUGGAACACUUCCACUGCUUCAGUGACCAUGGUCAAGGGGGCCACUACCACUUUGACGUCACCCCUAAGGACGUGGAAUAUCGGGGGUACUUUGUCCUGGCAGAAUCUAUAUAUAGAAUAGACCAGCCAGUAAAGACCACACAGCUAGGGAGAUGAACUGUGAUUGUACACCAUAUUACCUCUUGAAGUGCUGGCCACAGCGCAUUCCUACGAGGAGCUGAUUGUAGCCAUAGCAACUACUGUGAUUUCAAAGACCUGUGAUUUACACUGUUGUAAUUGAUUUUAAAACUAUGAAGUCCUCAUACAUUGUAGAAAUGAUCAAACCAAUUUAUAAAAUGAAUAAGUAAUACACACA